UUUAGUGAACUACCUUUCCGCAGCGAUGGCCAGUGGACCUCCGACACGCAACAUCCUUCGUAUCGUGCUGGACAACUUCCUCAAAUCAUUUAAGCCUCGCCAGAUGAAGGGCAACUUGGUGGGAGAGGAUUACUUCGGCAACAAAUACUACGAGAUUCCGCCCGAUCCUUCGGUGGGCCGGCGUAAAGCGUCCCGGUGGUUCGAACCUACGGCCAAGGAAGCAUACGAUCAGGAAAUCACCGCAGAAUGGGAAGCGUGGCUCCGGGGUAGAAGAAGGGAACCUCCGACGCAGGAGGAAUUGCUGAAAAAUUUGGCAAUAAUGAAAAUGAAAGAACGCAAUGCGGCCGAGCUGGAGGCCAAGUAUAGCAAAGCGAAAGACACCCAAGCCCUGGAACAGCAGAAAACUGGCAUGGGGUCGUUCCCACAGUACGACGAGUACGAAGUGAUGCCCGGCAAGGGAAAACAUGAAAAGUAACAUUGGACACGCGCUUCUACAGGCACCGUCGAACAAAAUUACGUAAACCCCGAUGUGUGUGUCGAGACAGUAGUUCUUUAUUUUAUCGAUCGUAUGAGAAAAGAACUCUUCCUUGUGUUAAAGUUGUAUAUACACUAAUAUUUAUUCUAAUAUGCAAGACCGAAGAAUGAUGCAUCCGCUGUCU